UGUGCCAUGGACAUAACACAGACAUCCUUCGGCAAGACAAAGAGAGAGAGAGACACACACACACACACACACACACACACACACACAAAGGAGGCAGCAAGGCAGGCAGACAAAAAGAGAAGGGACAGACACGAGGACAAACAGAGAGAUGAAGACAUGAAGAAAUUAGGGGGCAUACACAGGUGGGAUGACUGUUGAAGCAAGGAUAGACAAGCAGGAACAGAGAGCAAAAAUAAUGAAGAGGUGGUUGCACCAUCUGCUGCCAGAGAGUGAAACAUGUUGUCGCCAUUCAGAUGAGAGCAGGGAGGCAGCCAGCGAUCUGCAGUGAGAUACCCACAACCCCUCCUGAAUGACAGUGAGAAUGAAGAGUCCGCAGCUGAACCAGAGGAGAGAUUCGAUGAAGAGAGUAGAUCCACACUGCUCUGAGAGGUCAGACAUAUGAUAAUAACAAGCAGCAUCCCUGUCCGGAGGAGCAGCUGCAGCAGCCACUGUCAUCUAUCUUUUGGAAAAAUAACUCACCUUGAGAACAGGUACUAUGCAGCUGUUUUAUUUUUUACUGAAAAUGAAUUAGUUAAACCUUUUAAGAACUGAGAGAGAAUCAGGUUUGCACCACACUUACGAUGCACACUCCCGCCUCCAUGGUGAUGGGGAUUGUCUUUGCCCCUUUGGGAUUAGUCCUUGUCUUCACUGCUGCCAUCACCCCUCAGUGGAGAGAGGGACGGGCACGUCUGGGCAUGACAGGGCCGCUUCUUCGAUCCGGAGUGAAAGGUCAGGGGACGGGGGUCAAGUCUGGGUCAAUGGAGGCACUGCUCUUGCUACGAUCUGAUGGACUUUGGGAGAGCUGCCUGCAGGUGGACCACUCAGAGCUUAAGCAGUGCUGGCCUGUAUCAGGUCCAUAUCAGAGAGACCCAAGAGUUCGCCUAGCACAAGGUUUGAUCCUGACCUCAUUGUUUCUGUGUGGCACCGGCAUUGUUCUUGCAUGUAUUGGGGUCCGCUGUUGGACAGAUAUACCUCUAAGAGGUGUAGCAGCUACAGGUGGACUCCUGGUGGUGAUGGCUGGGCUGCUGAGCCUAACUGCACUUGGGGUGUACACCCACAACCUUGGAAGACUGGGGAUUGUGGAUCCAAGUCGAGGGAUAAAUAACCCCAGGUUUCCACACCUCAGCCUGCAUCCAGCCGGAUCGCUCUACUUUGGAUGGCUCGGUUCAUGUUUACAGGUGCUGGGAGGUAGCGCUCUGCUGUUCAGCUUCAAACGACCAAAAUGCGCGACCUGUCCGUCCUGCCCAGAGCUACCUGCGUGCCCCUCAUGUGAGAUCACCAACAAGCCAGAAACGGAUGUAUAUGAAGUCAGCUGUUAGAAUGUGAACCACAGACUUAAAACACUCAAGACAACUAUAAAAAGAUGAACAAAUCCUAAAGUCAUUUCCAACUCAUCAGCUAAUAAAUCUGCCAAUUAUUGAAAUGACUCACUUCAUAGAUGAUUGUGAGCCACAGGACAUUGUCACCACCUGAUUAAUGGACUUAAGUGUCAGGCAUGAACAUGAUGGGUGUAAUUGUCUCUUGACGUAGAUAGAAGCAUAAUUUCGGGGUGUAAAAUACAAAGCGAUGAACCAUAUAAUACAAAGAUUCAUUAAGAGCAUCGUGGUUGAGAAGAGCUCAAGUUCCUGCUGCCUUUAACUGCAACAUGUAGUGAAACAUGACUGAAGUGUCUCUCUGUGCUGCCUUUUACAUUGUAGCCAAGCCUUUGUACUGUUAGUGUCCGAAUUAAACUGUGAAAUGUAAAAUAUUUGUGAUAAAUUUUAAACGCAGAGCGCAAACUAGCAGUUGCUUAAAUAUGGUUGGUCAAGCUUGUUUUUCGAUGCAGUUGUAGAUUACCGCUGUAAAAUUUCCAUCUGUACUUUCUAGCUGUACCAGAGAAUUCUGUUAAACUGAUAAAAACAGGAAAAUCCUGUUGUCUUUUGAAAAUACAAUUCUUUGGAAUCGAGACAACAAUCUUGAAUAAUUUCCUACAAAUAUAUACAAAUAUAAUAUUUUCUUGAUUUAGUCAUAAUAAGAAAAAAAAGCAAAGAAAAAAGACCAAAUUUAGAAGAUUACUGGAAACAUGUUACAAAGAAUAUUUGAAUUUCUUAGUUUGUCAGGGUAAAUCUUUGUAUGAUACUGUCACUGAGGAGCCUUCGUGUAAUGAAUGUGAUAUUUAUGACUUGAUAACACAGACAGUGAAAAGAAAACAAGUGUUAGAGGUGGAAGAUGUGCAACAGGGUGUUGUUUGUUGUUUGUAAAUUAUUUGUCGGUGUUAACUUGUUACAGUGUGUUUAUACUUAGUGCUGCAUUCUGCAUUUAAUAAAACAU